GCGCACAUUUAGCCCUCCCCAUCCCGUCUACCAGCUAAACACUGAGACAUGAGGAGAGACACAGUCCCUGACAGCACUGCUACAACACAGACACCACCACUGCUUUGUAAAAUAGGUUAUGUAAAAAAAAAUGAAAAGAAAAAGAAAAUAUGGAACUAUGCACAUGCAAAUCACUUGGAAAAUAACCUCAGCAGUUUCUGUGUGAACUAUACUUGCUUCACUGAUGUUCCAUCCAUUCAUUUUCCAUCCUGCUUAUCCUACACAGGGUCAAUCAGGGGAGCCUGGCCACAGGGGACUUGGGGCACAAUGCAGGGAACACCCUUGACAGGGUGCAAUCCAUCAUACUGCACAAGUGCACACACAUUUAUACACUACAGACAAAUCAGCCUACAACACAAGUCUUUGGACUGGGGGAGGAAACGGGAGUACCCGGAGGAAACCCCAAAGCAUGGGGAGAACAUGCAAGCUGCGUGCACACAGGGUGUAGGCAGGACUCGAACCCUCAACCCCCAACAGUGCUAACCACUAAGCCACCAUGCCCCUGUCACUGACCCUCCACAUCAUUAAAAGUAACUAUAAACUAAUAAAAGUAUGAUGUGUCAUUGUAAUAUAAAUAAUCUGUAUUAACUUGCUGUGCUGUAUGAGACAUAAAACACUUCAGGGUGGUGACAGAACUUCAGGGUUGUGAUAGUAACUCCACUUCGCAUCAGGCCGCAUCACACAACCCUGCUGUUGAUUGUUUUCCUAUAACAGCAUGCUCUGUUGUGUUUUACAGCUUACCUAUGCAAGAUAGAAGUGAUGUCAAAUCAGUGGGAAGUUAGUGGGUACUCAUGCACAAGAAAUGCAUAAGUAGGUAUUUAUAAGUAUAAACAGGCUACAUUCCUUUCUACUGAUUAAAAAAACAGUUAUGAUGCUGCUUAUUUACUCGCGUGCGCGUUCCCGAGCAGGCGGCUAGACGCAGGAGCGCGCACAUUCAGCCCUCCCCAUGCCGUCUACCGGCUAAACACACCGAGGCGUGAGGAUAGACGCGGUUCAUGACAGCGCUGCUACAGCCGCUUUGUGAACUAUGUAAAAAAUAAUAAUAAUAAAAAAGAAAAGAAAAGAAAACAUGGAACUAUGCACAGCACGAGCGCUCAGCAUGAAAAAGCAGCGACGUUAGCAGUGUCCGCGUGAGAAUCUGUGCGCGUGUGUGAGUGCGCGCGCACGCGCGCGUGAGCGUGUUCACUGGGGAUUUAACCACGGCGCUCAAACAGAGAGCGUAAACAUUUAAAGCCAAGGAAUACGUUAAAGAUUCUGGGGAAAUGUAUUUAAUCCUUGGUUUUGAAUAUGUAGUGGAAUGUUGUGGAAUUCGUGGGGAUGUUCAUUGGUAAGGAAGAAACAGUCAGCAGCCCGCUUUUGUUCCCAGCCCGGUGAAUAUAAACACAAAACGGCGGAACGGCGGAAGAUGCCUUCAUACCUUAUAGGCUUUACCUGAAGCUGUUCUUUACACCUUGAGAGAAAGGCUUUCAGUGAGCUGGUUUUUUUUUUUUUUUUUUUUUUUUUUUUUUUUUGGAAAUUUCGGCUGCUGAAUCUGUACUACAUGACUGUAAAGUAAAGAACGGCAAGUAGGAGAUGGAUAGAAGAAGUGAACUGACUAAAAAGUGACAUAAUCAGAAUACACCAGCAAGUGUAUUCUGUGAACCAGACCAAACAAAAAAAGAAACAGGAGGGAAGGAGUUUUUUGGUCAUGGCAACCGACCCAGGAGAGCCCACCAGCACGGAGGAAUCAUCCGGAGAGAAACCUGAUGGAGAGAGGGAUGAAGAGAAUGAGUGGACAGGGCACCAGUCAGCCAGCCAAAGGGAGUGCCGGACAACGGAGAGAGCGGCUCGACAUGAGGAAGCCUCAGGAGCAAAAGCAGCAGAAGUUGGAAGAGAAGAAGGAGAAGUCGGCGAAGCACGAGAGCAAGCAUCUCAACCGAAGCGUGAGAACAAACGCUUCUUUCGGAAGAGUGUGGAACUCUGUGAGAAGGAUGAGCUUGUAGAGGAGGAGGAGGGCCUUCAUAGUGUCCCUCACCCUGAGCUCCACGCCUCAGACUCUGUCUUCAGUGCCGGAACUCAGCAUGUACCCACUGAUGGCGCCCAUGGUGGCGGCCUAGACCUGGAAAAGGGUGCCCCAUCAGUGCCCAGACUAAAGGGAAAGGAGCGCGAGUCUGAGCAGGAGGAGGAGGCUGAGAUGAAAGCUGUGGCCACAUCGCCUGGUGGCCGCUUCCUUAAAUUCGACAUUGAGCUUGGCCGAGGAGCUUUUAAGACCGUUUAUAAAGGCCUGGACACAGAGACAUGGGUGGAAGUGGCCUGGUGUGAACUACAGGAUGGGAAGCUGACCAAGGCUGAGCAGCAGCGCUUCAAAGAGGAAGCCGAGAUGCUAAAGGGCCUACAGCACCCCAACAUCGUGCGCUUCUAUGACUUCUGGGAGUCGACUCUCAGAGGAAAGAAGUGCAUCGUUCUUGUCACAGAGCUCAUGACCUCUGGAACACUAAAAACGUACCUGAAGCGCUUUAAGGUUAUGAAGCCGAAGGUGUUGCGCAGCUGGUGCAGGCAAAUCCUGAAAGGCCUACAUUUCCUGCAUACACGUACACCGCCCAUUGUACACCGUGACUUAAAGUGUGACAACAUCUUUAUCACAGGCCCCACAGGCUCAGUGAAGAUUGGAGACCUUGGCCUGGCCACGCUCAUGAGGACCUCCUUUGCCAAGAGUGUGAUCGGUACCCCAGAGUUCAUGGCUCCAGAGAUGUAUGAGGAACACUAUGAUGAGUCUGUGGAUGUCUACGCCUUUGGCAUGUGCAUGCUUGAGAUGGCUACAUCUGAAUACCCUUAUUCUGAGUGUCAAAAUGCUGCCCAGAUCUACCGCAAGGUCACCAGUGGGAUCAAGCCCGCCAGUUUUGAUAAAGUGAACGAUCCAGAAAUUAAGGAGAUUAUUGAGGGCUGCAUUCGGCAGAACCGAGGCGAGCGGCUUUCCAUUAAGGACCUGCUGAACCAUGCCUUCUUUGGCGAGGACACAGGUGUGCGAGUGGAGCUGGCAGAAGAGGACACGGGCACUCAGGACUGUCUGGCGCUGCGCAUUUGGGUGGAGGAGCCUAAAAAACUAAAGGGCAAGCACAAGGACAAUGAGGCCAUUGAGUUCAGCUACAACUUGGAGAAUGACAGCGCAGAGGAAGUGGCAUUAGAGAUGGUCAAGUCUGGGUUUUUCCAUGAGAGUGACGCAAAGGUUGUGGGAAAGUCUAUUCGAGACAGGAUAACUCAGAUUAAAAAGUCCCGCGCAACACGACAACGGCGUGCCCUAGAGGAGAGGCGGGACUCUGGCCUGGCUUCUGCUUCCCUCACCACCAGUUUUAUUUCUUUUCCCUCCUCCCUGGGUCCUGGGGCUCCUGCUGUUCCUACUGCUGCCUCUGUGGGGGUCACUGGGGGGCACAGGGAGGGCGAGGACCUGCCAGAGGUGGAGCAAAACUCUCGACAACAGAUCCCCAUCAGCAACGCACAAGGUCCCAUAGAAACAGACAAUCUCUCUGCAAUCAGUGGAGAAUCAUUUGCGGGUACACAGAGCCAGCCCUAUUCAUCGGCAGGAGACUCUGGAAUCUCUUUUGCUAACACUCAGUCCAGCUAUCCCACUGGGACAUCUUCACUGUCCCCAUAUCCCACAGACAUAACACAAACAGCACUCCCCCGGCCAGGAGAGGCAGUUACUUCUCAUGCUUCUCUUGUACAGACACAGUCAUACUUAACCCCCAUUUCACCCCAGGCCUCCAUUGGCAUUCUUUCUGCAGAACCCAUAGGAUCAUCUUUGAGCAACCUGAUGCCACAAACUAAACAGACCCAGCAUAAUGUUCCACCUCUGCCACAGACUGAAAUUUUGCCCCAACAAACUGUAGUUCAGACACAACAGAUAGUGUUAGAUCUGCAGACUACAUUGCUGCAACAACAACCACCACCACCACCACCGUCACAACAACAGGCAGUUGCAUUACAACAGAUGGAGCAAGGCAUUUUAAUGCAACAGCCUCCUACUUCAGCUGGAAUACCACCCCAGCAGAUAGAGAAUCCACAGUUAGUUUUGCAGGAGCAGCAGCUGCAGUCAAGUGUAACACAGCAGCAAUAUAUACCACACCAUCAACAGCAGAUUUUGGUGCACCCUCAGCAGAUAGACCCACAGCAACAGGUAUAUACACAGCAAGCUGUGGGAAUACCUAAACCACAGCAAUCUGUACUUCAACAGCAGGUCCAACAGAAAGCAUCCAUCCAGCAACAUUCAAUAGAACAUCAGCAGCAGGAACCACAGUUGUUAUUGCAACAACACCAUCAACAGUUAUAUGUGCCAAGUCAGGCUGAACCCCAAAAGUCAGCCAUGAUGCAAUCAACUCCUCAGCAGUUACCACUUGCAGAGCAACAACAAGCAGUUCAUGGUAUACAGCAAUUUGAACAGCAGAAACCACACAAAAUCUAUUCACAACAACAACAGAUAGAGCAGCAAGAAAUACACAUUCAAAAACAACAGCAAAAUUCUGCAGUGACACAGCAGAAUCCACAGUUGCUGCAGCAAGUACAACAACAGCAGGCUAUUUUACAACAGGCAGAGGAGCAGCAGCAGCGACAGACACUAUUGCAGCAGCACUUGGAGCAACAAGACGCUCUGUUGCUACAACAGCAAAUUCUUUUACACCAACAACAGUUUGAACGGCAGUCUUUAUUACAGCAAAAUCAACCACAGUUAGAACAAAUGAGCAUGCUAAUACCGCAACAACAGACAGAGCAACAGCCACAACAUGUAGAGCAAGAAGCUUUAUUGCAAAAGCAGAUGGAACAACAGCAAAAGCAAGCUUUUUUACAGCAACAGCAGCAACAAGUGCAACUCCUACAACAGCAACAGCAGUUAGAGCAAAAACAGGUUCUUUUGCAAAAGCAGCACCAAAUGGAUCAUCAACAAGGUUUACAGCAGCAGCAACACUUUGAACAACAGCAGCAGUCUAUACUGCGGCACAUUUCACAAUCUCCACUUACACAAUCACAAAUGCAGCAACAGUCAGAGCAACAAGCUUUUCAGCCACAGAUUGACCAACAGCAGCAUAUGUUAGUACAACAACAGAGAGAACUACAAAUGCAACAGCAGACUCUUGUACAACACCAACAACAAAAUACAGAGCCACAGCAGGCACUACCCAAGCGACACCAGGAAAAGGAACAGCAAGCUUUAUUUUUACAAGAGCAACAUUUGGACCAGCAAGCAGUUGCUCUUGAGACUGUUCAACAACAGCAGCAUGCUCUAAUUGAACAGCAUGAUCAGCAGCAGCGUCAACAGCAAGCUGUAUUUUUACAACAGCAACAGUUGAGCCAACAGGUGCCCAUUAGGCAACAUCACAGUGGACAACAGCAAACUGUUUCUCUUGAGUCUAUUCAGCAGCAGCAGGGUCUGCUCAGUCAACAGCAGGAUCAGCAGCUUCAACAGCAAGCUUUGUUUUUACAACAGUCAAGCCAACAAGUAGCCCUUGGGCAAAAUCACAGUGGACAACAGCAAGCUGUUACUCUUGAGACUGUUCAGCAGCAGGUUCUAUUCAAGCAACAGCAGGAUCAGCAGCAUCUUCAACAGCAAGCUUUGUUUGUACAACAACAACAACGACAGUCGAACCAACAUGUAGCUCCUGGGAAACAUCACAGUGGACAACAGCAGGCUGUUGCUUUUGAGAUUGUUCAACAGCAAAAGCAGAAUCUACCCAAGCAACAGCAUGAUCAACAGCAUGCUUUGUUUUUACAACAGAGACAACAGUUGGACCAACAAGUAGCCCCUGGGCAGCAACACAGUAGGCAACAGCAAGCCAUAGGUCUUGAAACUGUUCAACAACAGCAGCAGCAGCAAGUUCUACUUCAGCAUGAGCAGCAGCAGCAGCAAGCCUUGUUACUACAACAGCCCCUUCAGUCUCACCAAAGCACUACUCAACACAAAGUGGAGCAACACCAGCAAGAAUUUGUUCAGCAACAAACUGUUCUCUCUGGGCAGCAAGAUGGAAUUUCUGUUGUGGAGUCACAGGUAACAACUGUUGCUCAGUCAGCAUCACAAAUGGUUACCUCCCAAAUUUCAAGUCAGUUACACACCCCUGUACACAUUGACCAACAUGCACCGAAUCUGUCAGCACCUCAAACUCAAGGGCCAAUACAACAGAAACAAGGUGAUGUUACACAAAUCAAUGGUCAAAUACCUUUACAGACCCAAAGUCUCUUAGCACCACAGUCAAUAAUUCCAUCCCUAGCACAGCCUAACACCAUCCAGUUGAAGAGUCCUCAAGCACUCCCGGCUCCAUUACAGAGGCAGGAUUCAGCACAGCCACAAGUACAGGCCCAGACAUAUGUCCCAAAUGAGGCACAGGCUCAAAUGAUCAUACAUGGUCAGAAUCUUCCAGCUCAAGUUAUGCCUCAUCAAACCAUAACUCCUGUCCUUUGUCAAGUUCCAGCAAUACCACCAUCAUCUCAAAUAUCGAGCCAAAUUCAGUCUCAAGUUCAGGCCCCUUCUGCCUUGCUCACAAUGCAGUAUCUUCAAGCCCCACAACUCAGCCAACACACCAUUCAGCCAAUGCAGAUUGACUUUACACAAAUGUGUCUAGUGUCUCCAGUAACAGUGGCAAGUACAAUUACUGUGUCUUCAGGUACUGUAGUUCCUGCUACAGUAACUACCACACAGCAAUACUUAAGGCAGACAGGCCAGGCUCAAAAUCAAGUCCAAGCACAGACACAGCCUACCCUGCAGGGACAGCAACAGCCAGGUGGCAUCACCAUUCAGACUGUCAUGCAGCCCAUGCCCCUUAUGCAACCUCAAGUUUCUCAACAGUAUGAACAGCAAACACAGCAAGUUCAACAGGUGCAACAGCAGCCAGUACAGCUGCAGGUUCAGGCCCAGAUUUUGUCAUCUGUUCAGCAACCUCCACCAUCCCACCAAACUGCUGUGGCACUAGAUCUCAAUCAACAGCCAUCUCCACUACCAUCUGCUUUGCACUCUGUGGUCCCGUCACAUGACUUACCAAGGCAACCCUGUCAGACACAAGUUCGGACUGCUGCACUUUACAGUCAUGUUGUAGCAGGCCUACCACCUUCCCCACAACACCAGGCUCAGUCAAUCUUGCUUGCCCAUACUCGCAGCCAGACAUGCACUCAGUCACAGACACAUACCCACAUACAGAAACAUGUUCAAUCACAGGCUCACUCACACACAGACAUAUACACUGAGACUGCAGGCACAUCUGUGCAGCCACUGUACCCCCAAGUUCCCCUGCAACCCCUUCAGAUAUCCUCUAGUCCAUCUCAUACCUCCCUCAACACUACAAACUUAUCAGGCUCCCAGCUUGCUCCCACCGCUUCAGAAGUCCCAGUGCCAGCUGAGGCACAGCUAAGCCAGGCUGGGCUAACUGAUAUAGUUCCGACUUACCUUCCUCCUGUCAGUGCUUCACAGCUCCCUGGUUCUAAUGGCACUGCCCUUCCCCCAAACUUGCUGGCAGACUGUGACCCUGCAUUGUCGGGCAUUGCACAGGGGAGCCCAAACCAAUCUACCAACCGACAUUCUUUAGUAGGCUCUGCUCUAGUCAGUAGAGAGGAAUCUCAGUUAGCCUUGGUUAAUGGAAAGCUGGAGAAAAUAAAGACUCAGCGGAGGUCUUCCUACCAACGGCCUGAGAGAACCACUCACUUUCAGCUAAGUAUGCUACAGGUGUCAAACACUGGAGACAACAUGGUGGAGUGCCAGCUCGAAACUCACAGUAACAAGAUGGUCACGUUCAAGUUUGAUAUGGAGGAAGAUGCACCUGAAGAUAUAGCAGAUUACAUGGUGGAAGAGGACUUUGUCCUUGAAUCAGAGAAAGAAAAAUUUGUAGAGGACUUGAGGGCUAUAGUGAAGAAAGCCCAGGAGAUCUUUAGCACUCAGUCAAAGACUGGGUCCACAGAGCAGCUACAUGUAAGCACACCAUCAAGUUCAACAGUAGACUCUGCCCCUCAGUCUUCUCCAGUGGGUCGCUGGCGAUUUUUCAUCAACCAGACCAUUCGUCAUCGUGACUCCCAGUCCAACCGUGAAGCCUCCACUCCUUCACCAGCAGGCGAGUGCCAGGGCCAGAUUGAGCAAGCUUCAGACCAUGAGGAUUCACAGCAGUCAGACUCUCUGUCUGGAGUACAUUUUUCUCCAUGUUCCUCACUUCCAAUGUCCUCUGUUCCUCCCUCCACUGUGUCUGUCCAAGCCUCGGGUUCUUCUGUCUCUAUUCCUGGUACAGAUGCCUUGGACUCCACCAGCUCUAUUCCACCAAUAUUUCACAUGUCCCCAGGAGAUGCAGUCAUUCAAGACAUAGCAGCUGCCACCCAGCCAGGUUCGGUGAAAGGGUCUGCAACCACUAUUCAAGCCACAGUCCCCAACCAAACCUCUUCUAUUCAUGUUGUAGGCUUUCCUGUGGCUGAUCAUGUCUAUACCUUUGCAUCUAGCAAGGAAAUGAACAUGGGUUCCAGUUUUGGCAUAGGUUCUGAAGAUGCUGCAGCUAUAGUGCACAGCAUGCCUGAAGAUCAAAAGCCACUGUCUGGCAGUUUGGCUCAGAGCACCCUGUCAUCUUGCACGUUAAAUCAUGGGGAACAAGUGCAGCAACUGCAGCAGUUACCCCACAUGCCAACAAUGCAGAAACCUGAGAUACUCCAGCAAGGCCUGCAAUCUCAACCACUCACAGAAGCCUAUUCUGUACAGCUUCCACAGGGCAACACUGAUCAAUCCCAGAUGCAGCAGCAGCUUCUGCUACAGCAACAACACUUGCUACAGACUAAGCCAAUGGCAACAGUGUCCCAGUACACAGCCCAUGACAAACGUUCUUCAGCUGCAGAGCAAAACAUACAGCCCUGUCAAGCUGAGCACCCGGCAUCUCAUUUCCAUCCAGUGCAGCAGUCAAUUCUACAGCAAAUCCCAUACCAACAGGGACAGUCGGAACCUCCAUUGGAACCACUAGGCCAGCAGAGUGUCCACUUACAGUCUCAUGCCAGUCUGGAACAGAUGCAGCUGCAUGGUGUAGUGCAGCAGCAGGCAGUUCCACUGCAGCAGGAAACAGUGCUGCAUCCUAAAGCACUGACCGUACAAUCUCAGCAAAAAUUAGAAACACAAGAACCCUUACUACAUAGAGCACAGGCUCAGUCUUUGAUCUCAAAUCAGGUCCCUCCUGAGGAAACGCAACCCCUGCCCAAGCUAGAGCAGGUGCCUCAGCCUGCAUUUCUGCUUGUGCAGAAGCAGCUCUCUGUCCAGGAGUUGGAAUCAGAGCUCUCUACAGGACAGGUCACGGCCACAGAUGACACAUUCAGCCAGUCUGCUCCUUUGCAACCAUUGUCUGAAGCCUCUCUCCCCCCUCUCUCACUCUCGGAGACAGCUUUGCCAGCUCUGGCUCAUGUGCUCUCCCCUUCUCCUGCCCAGCCUUCUUCAGUAGCUGAAUCAGACAGUGAGGGCCCCCCAAAAAUUGAGUUUGUUGACAACCGUAUAAAGACACUGGAUGAGAAGCUGAGGAAUCUGCUCUAUCAGGAGCACAGUGGUAGUGGGGCCACCAUCUCCACCCACACUCCUGACCUGGCCCCCUCCUCAGCUACAGGUGCGGCGUCAGCCAGGGGAGAGGAAUCAUCUGAGUCUCACACAUUGCCACCCUCCACCUUCACACUUCCUCCUGCCUGCUCUUCAGACACUUCUCCACAUUCCUCCUCCUGCACCACCUCCUCCACCACCUCUCGCUCUUCCUCCACCUCAUCAGACAGAGAAAGGGAGAGAACAGGAGAAGACUGCAUCGCCCAGAGUGCUCCAACCCCCGCCACUGCUGUGGAGCACCAACCUGCCUCAUCCUUCUCCUCCACUUCCCCACCUUGCUCCCUCCUUUCUCCUCCACAGGAGACUGUGCCUGGACCUAUAUCUCCACCCAGUGAAUCUACAGUCCUUGCUGUCCCUUCCCCUUCUGACAGUGCCGCCGUAGAUGUCCUCCAGCAUUCCUUCUCCCAGCAAUCCCUUGCACCAUCAGCCAGACAGCAGCAGCAGCAGCAGCCACAGCACAAUGCAGGAGGUGGAUAUUUUGGCCUAAACCUGACUUGUCCUAGUAUCAGAAAUCCUGUUAGCAAGAAAUCCUGGACUCGAAAAUUCAAAAGCUGGGCGUGCAAACUGCGCCACUCCACCAGCUUGUUCAAGAAGCCCAGAGUCCAGCAAGAUGAGAAUUCUAGCAGUCAGGGAAUGAAAGAGGACAGAGAGACUCCUUCAAAUACCCAACCAUGUUUGCACAGAGGACGUUUCCAGGUGACACCAGUCACCCAGCCUGAGGACCCCACUCCCACAGCGGAUGUAGCUUCAAACCAUAGGAAUGUUCCCAAGACUGUGGGGCGCUUUUCCAUCAUAAAGGCAGAGGAGAAAGAGGAGCAGCUCACCGACAGCUCGCCUGUCUCUCCAGACCUGGAGAAGGAUAGGAGGAAGACCAAAGCGAAGGACGGAGAAAAAGAUGAAAGUACAAUCCCGGUGGGCUACCACCAUCCACCACGUAGUCACACACACUCUCCAACAGGAAGCAGUGAUGAUGAGAGUGAGGUGGAGGACGAAGACCUGAGGAGGGAACUGCAGAAACUAAGAGAAAAACACAUUAAGGAGGUGGUGUCACUACAAGCACAGCAGAAGCAAGAACUACAGGAGCUCUACAGGCAACUGCGCAGCCUGAAAGAUCGCUAUCAGCCCCCUUCAUCCCCUGCAACGUCACUGGCCAUUUCCCCCCGCAGACCCCGCCCCUCCAAACCCAAACCCCGCCCUCGUCCUCAUUCCCACACUGACAACAACGGAGUCACGCACCAAGGUUCUCUCCAGCAAUCCAGCAGUUACUCCGGGGAAGAGCCAAACAGACUACACUCUUACUGCAAACCUGAAAAAACAGCUUCACUGAUCUCUAAGACAGCCCAAGAUUCAUCCAAUAGAGAGAACACCUUUACAGACAAACUGCACAAACUUGUAGAUGAUUGGACAAAGGAGGCCAUUGGACCUGCCAUCCCCAAACCUUCGCUCAAUCAGCUCAAGCAAAUUCAGCAAGUGCAAGAUUUAGGUGGCUGGAACCAGCUCACUGAGGCUUCACCUGCAGCCUGGUUCCCCACAACUUCCCUAAACCCCAGGAGCACUCCCGUAUCAGCCAGCAGCACAGGAGGCCAUACGGUUCCAGCCUGCACUCAGUCAUCCCUCCCUCCUGUGUCACAGCAGAGCCUCCACAUGCAGACCCAGUCCUUUCAGCAGCUUCAGUAUGGCCAGUCCAGCAUGCCAGUCUCUAGUGUACCCACCUCUCUGGCACCCCACUCCACUCCUUCCUGUACAUCCAUGCCAGCCCCACCAACCACCAUCGCCUCCACCUCCACAGCUUCAGUCUACUCUUGCUCCUCCACAAAUGCGUGAUUCUUCUUCUCCAUUAGGACAACGAUACGAAAGGAUGGGACAGGAGAGUAAAGAUUCCCACUCUGAGACUGUGAAAGCCAAACAUGAAUUCUAAUUCUUCUGGAU